CAGAAUCGGAAAACAAUCCCUCCGUCACUCUAUGUAGCUUCAUUCCAAUUUAUCUUCUCCUGAUUUACAAAUCGACAAGCUUUACAGUGAUCCAAGAACAGUUAUGAAGAAGAGGAAGAACCUCGUUAAAUCUCUCCAAAAUCCUCCAUCGAAAUGCCCACAAUCACUCUCUCAACAAGCACCAACGCCUUCCCUUUCUCUCUUCCCCUCAACACCCCAACCCCAUCACCAGAACCAACUCAUCUCCUUCCUCAAAGCUCACCUCCUCACCAACCAUCAACCAUUAACCCCCAAAACCCUCCUCCACUUCCUCAAAACCAAGCUCCACCAUCACCCCAUUUUCACCCACUACGGCUUACAAGUCUUCUAUUGGGCUGCCACCGUCGACGACACUUUCCGCCACGACCACUCCACUUUCCUCUGGAUGGCUCACUCUUUGGCUUCCUCUCACCGGUUCUCUCCGCUUCGUUCUCUUCUUACUUUCAUAGCCGCCAACCCUUGCCCUUGCUCUCCAGGUAUCUUCUCUUGCCCUGAAAUGGAACCGCUUUUCCGUUCCGUUAUCGAUGCUCUUUGUAGAUCUAGGAAGUUGGAUGAUGCUGUUUUUGCCUUCGAAACCAUGAAGAAAUUGAUCGAUGGGAGGCCUGGUGUUGUUAUUUACAAUGUUUUGAUUAACGGGUAUUUGAAAAAUGGGGAUUUUGAGGAGGCUUUGAGGUUUUAUAAGAGGAUGGAAAUUGAAAGAGUGAAGCCGGAUGUGUGUACUUUUAAUACUCUGAUUAGUGGUUAUUGUAGGAAUGGGAAAUUUGAAAUGGGAUUGAAGUUGUUUAGGGAGAUGUAGGAGAAAGGCUGUAGGCCUAAUGUGGUUAGUUUCAAUACUUUGAUUCAAGGGGUUUUCAGAGAAAGAAAGGUCGAUGAAGCUAUUGAGAUGGCGAACGAGAUGAUUCGGUCCGGGUGUGAAUUUUCCUUGGCAACUUGCGAGAUUUUGGUCAAUGGAUUGUGUAAGGAGGGGCGGGUUUUGGAGGGAUCUGAUUUGGUCAUCGAUUUCUUUAGGAGGGGACUUCUGCCAAAGGGGUUUGAUUGUUGUAGUUUGGUUGAGAAGCUUUGUGGUAAAGCGGAUGUUGGUAGAGCAUUUCGGGUAGUUAAUGAGUUAUGGAUGAAAGGAAAUGUUCCGAGUUUGAUUGCUUGUACCACUUUGAUAGAAGGUUUGAGGAGAUCCCAGAGAAGAGAUGACGCGUUUGAAUUGAUGGAAAAGAUGCUCAAAGACAGUAUUGUUCCGGAUAUCGUGACUUUUAAUUGUCUUAUGCAAGAUCUCUGUGAUUUGGGAAGAACAAUGAAUGCGGACAAAUUUAGAUUGUUGGCUUUGACAAAGGGUUUAGAACCAGAUGAGAUGACUUAUAACAUUUUGGUGUAUGGAUAUACGAGAGAUGGAAGAAGAAAGGAAGGUGAAAAUUUGGUGGAUGAGAUGUUGGAUAAAGGAUUUAUACCCGACAUCGCUACAUAUAAUAGGUUGAUGGAUGGCCUCUCCGAUUCUACAAGUUCAACGUUGAAGAAAGUUCGUGCCGUUCACAGAUGAGAAUGAGUUGCGAUUCACAGGUGAAAAUUGGUGUUACUUGGUCAAGGCAAUCUUAUUUGCACUGCAAGAGCCACUUCAGAGAGCACAAAAUGGGAUACUUGGUGGUGGUCACUGAGUAUAAUCGGUUGAUCAAAGCAAUCUUCUGCUUUAUAACAUUCUGAAGCUAGCUACCGAGCAAGGGCACAUAGAUGGAAUUGGAUCUUCCUAAGUGUGCAGAAAUCUGAAAUUCGACAACAAAUCUUCUACUGAAACUGAAGCAUGGGAUGCUAUGCGAUGUUACAAUUCACUACAG